AUGGUGACGCCCGCGCCUCGUCAGAGCGUUGUCCUCCCCAACGAAAUCCUCAAGAUGAUUCUCAUGAACAUACUCAUCUUCUCCACGGUCUCGCCUCGGGGCAGGCCAAUCAACGCGUCCCGCUUCGCCAUGCUCCACAAGUGCAUACUGCACAAGCUCUGCGUCGUCUCUCGCCAGUUCCAGGCGGUCGCUCUCCAAGUUUUCUACGAAGAAAACUAUUUCGAGUUCAUCUCAAAGACAUCACACCGCGCGCCACUCAUGCCCUCUGUCCACCUCCUCCCCUCCCUCCGCCAUAUCCGGGUGCAGCUUGUCCUCACCGACAGCUACGCAGGAGAGCCGACUGUACUGCCCGACCGCAUCCUCGACAACAGGAUAUACUUCCGCAACACUGUCGACCUCUUCAAGCACUGUCGCAGUGCCCACACCUUGCGGAAGCUCUCUGAUCUGAUGACCAUGCAGAAUCUGAGGACGAUUCAGCUUCACAUCACUCCCAUCUUCAGCAACCCCGACUCCGAGGCGGCGGUCGCUAUCUACCAUCAGGCUCGCUUCAUGAUCGGCGCUCGUGAUGAGUUCAACAUCACCGUCGAGGCUGGCCUCUCCGACUUGAGGAGCGCCAUGCUGAGCGGACUCUGGGCAGCUUUGUGA